AUGCAUAAUAUAGAGUUCAACAACAAAAAACAUUUUGAGCCUAAAGAUUUCGAUACACUCGAAGCUCCUUCUUCCUCGGCUAUUACUAUAGUUCAAGCAUCAGACACAGCAUCGCAACAAGAAUCGUCUCACCAUGAACCUUACUCUGUUUUCACAAAAAACCAAAAAAUCAUGAUUGUCUUGACGGCUUCCAUCUCCAGUUUCUUUAGUCCGUUUUCAGCCAAUAUUUAUUUCCCUGCAUUGACAUUGAUUCAAGACGAUAUGCACAUCACAGAACGUUUAGUAAGCACCACAGUCACUGGCUACAUGAUCUUUCAAGGCAUUUCACCCUCCUUUUGGGGAAGUUUAGCGGAUAGCUGGGGCCGUCGUCCUGUCUUUGUCUCGACGUUUUUGGUUUAUGCACUGGCUUGUAUUGGACUUGCAAACACAAAGAAUUAUGCCACCUUGUUAUCACUGCGAAUGUUGCAGGCAUUUGGGUCGAGUUCUGCUAUUGCUGUAGGAGCUGGUACUAUCGGAGACAUCGCUUCGCCUAUGGAAAGAGGAGGCUAUAUGGGCAUUUUUACAAUGGGUUCCAUGUUGGGCAAUUGUUUGGGUCCGCCUUUAGGUAUGACUAUCUUAAUCAUGUUUCUUAGAUGGAUAUUUUGGGUACUUUCUUUGAUGGCUAUCUUGCUUUGGAUUGUCCAGAUCUUUUUUCUUCCCGAAACGCUUCGAUCACUUGUAGGCAAUGGAUCAGAUAGUGGUAUUUUACAACAUAGUUCUGAAGAAACACUUUCAGAAAAACAAGUUCAAAAAAGUCGAUAUUGGAAUUUUCCUAAUCCACUUCAAUCAGUCUAUUAUCUUAAAGAAAAGGAUGUGUUUGCACUUUUGCUUUAUAAUUCGAUACAAUACGCUAGUCUCUAUUGCGUACUUACAAGUCUUACAGGCUUGUUUACGGAUAUUUACCAAUUGAAUGUGUUUCAAAUAGGCCUAUGUUUUCUAUCGAAUGGACUGGGUGCUAUGAUAGGGUCUUUUACAUCGGGCAGGAUUCUAAACUACAAGUUCAAAAAGAUGGCCAAAUCUCUCAAUAUCAGCGAGGAGUUUAUAAAGAGAGAAAAGAUUGACCCUGAAUUUCCUAUUGAAAAAGCCAGAAUGGGUGUUACUUGGAUUUGGGGGAUAGCAUUUAAUAUUUUCAUGAUUGUUUAUGGAUGGUGUCUACAACAACAAGUGCAUAUGGCCAUACCUAUUGUGAUUAAUUUUCUAAUGUCUUAUUGCUCUACGUGCAUUCAUAAUUCAACUAAUACACUGUUGGUUGACUUGUUUCCUCAUAAUUCAGCUGCUAUUAUUGCCUCUAGUAACCUGACAAGAUGUUUAUUAGGUGCUGGUGCUGUGAUGAUGGUUGAACCUGCUGUUGCUGCUAUGGGCGUAGGAUGGUUUUUUACAAUGGUUUCUUUUGUUUUAUUACUUUCACGAACAACUGUUAUUGUCCUCUUAAAGUUUGGUCCCAAAUGGAGAUUAGAGCGUUUUCAUCAAAGUCAAUAA